AGCGCUCGUGUAAAAUUGAUACUCGUGAAGGCACCACAGCCUUCCAGCCAGGAAGCAGGAAAUGAGGCUGGAAUACAGGUUGUCGGGAACAAUUUUAUUCAAGAAAUGGGCUAGCUAACAUGUUAUGCUGCAAAGGAUAACCAAUGGAUUUCCUCACUCUCUUCGCAAUAUAUGUGGUGCUUGUUCUGUCAUGUAUUGUUCUUGUUUGUAAAUAUUCUGGCCAACAACAAACUCCUUUUGGGAGGAUUUUCAGCUCUCUUACAAAGAUAACCUCACCUUGGAUUCCACAAUGGUUUCAGAAUUAUUGCUACAAAACUGUGCACAGGUUGUUUCAUCAGCGGAACAGGCUAUUUCUUUAUCUCAACCUGUUUCUGGAGGGUGCAGUGUAUGCAGAAUUUUCCUACGAAGUAUUCGGUUUCUGCAGAGAGAUGGAUACCACCUUAGCCAGCCUGUGUGUGCCCUAUGUGUUACUGGCUGUGCAGUCCUACUUCUUCUAUCAGUGCUGCAGCAGAGACCCUGGUACAGUGACGAAGGAAAAGCAUUCUGCCCAAGUUCAGGUGUAUCCGUAUGACAGAAGCAUGUUCCACCCCGGGGUGUCCUGCCCCACAUGUCUUUUAGUGAAACCUGCCAGAUCCAAGCACUGCCGUGCGUGUAACAGGUGUGUGCAGCGUUUUGACCAUCACUGUGUCUGGGUCAAUAACUGUAUUGGAGCUGAGAACACCAGACACUUCCUGCUGUACCUGGUGUUCCUGUGUGCUAUGGCGGCUGACAUUGCAGUGCUGACUGCUGAUAUGUUGUUUAAUGUCGUGCUGCAAUCUGGCCUUCUACACGCUCACUACGUUGACGAGCAGGGGGAAAAACAGGCAGCAGGGCCGGUUUUCAUCAUACAACACCUUUUCCUGACGUUUCCCAGGAUUGUAUUCAUGCUGGGAUUCCUAGUUUUCUUAUUUAUGGUUCUGGCGGGAUAUGCAGUGUUCCACCUGUACCUGGCACUGGUGAAUCAAACCUCGAAUGAGUGGUACAAGCGCAUAGAGUAUGGCUGCCACCACUGCCAUCCCACACCAGGACACCAGUGUUCGCCGGGCCACACUCCGUCAAAAGGCUUCUAUAGUAGGGGCAUCUUCCGGAACCUGAGAGAAGUUUUUCAGCCUCUCACUUACAGUCGCAAGAAACAGAAAUAACCAGCUCUCAUCACAAAGUGUAUUGUACUUUGGAUUUUUUAACUUUCUUUUGUACAAAUGUAAACAUCUCAAUGGUUUUUGGUUCCAUGAAAAAUAAAGUUUGUUAAAUUA